ACACACACACACUGGGACUUGUGUGUGAGUUACAGCGAGGUGCCACAUGUUGGAGAAAUGUUUCACUCCCACAAAGUGUGCUGUCGUCACUGGUCAGCUCCUACCAGCAGCCUCCUGAAGUGGAUCCACGGCGGAGGGCUUAACAGUUCAACUCUCGAGCGGAGCGGAGAGGAGGACUCGGUCCGAGGCGCAGCCAGGCUCCUGAAGAUGUGAAGACAAACGUCGUGUUACGGCGACUCCACACUUACCCGGUUAUACGUUUCACACGGGUCGUUUCGUCGUUUCCAGUAAAUGCACGUAGCAGCAGUGCUCCAUUCGCUAUUUUGCUUUUUAUUUUUAUUUUUAAUUUUUUGCAUUUGUGCGCGAGCGCUAUGGCAGUUCAAUCAACAUCCGGGCCACAAUGCCUUGACUCCAUUAUUGUCUAAAACUGGCGGAGAGGUUAAUAAACCUUGUCAUUUUUCACAGUUAACCACGCAUUUUUGUUACGUGCAGUGAAGGCUGAAACCGAGGGGAGAUGUCUAACCAAGGAAUUCGGCGGAAUGGCCCAGUGAAGCUGCGAUUAACAGUCCUCUGUGCCAAAAACCUGGUGAAAAAGGACUUCUUCCGCCUCCCUGAUCCCUUUGCAAAGGUGGUCGUGGACGGUUCAGGGCAAUGCCACUCUACAGACACUGUGAGAAACACACUUGACCCCAAGUGGAAUCAACACUAUGACCUAUACAUUGGAAAGUCAGACUCCAUCACUAUCAGUGUGUGGAAUCACAAGAAAAUCCACAAGAAGCAAGGCGCUGGCUUCCUGGGCUGUGUCCGCCUUUUAUCCAACGCUAUCAACCGCCUUAAAGACACAGGCUACCAGCGACUAGACUUGAACAAGCUCAGUCCCAAUGACAGCGACACAGUCAGAGGCCAGAUAGUGGUGAGCCUGCAGUCUAGGGACCGGAUAGGCACAGGAGGCCCUGUGGUGGACUGCAGUCGGCUGUUUGACAAUGAUCUUCCAGAUGGCUGGGAGGAGAGGAGGACCGCGUCUGGACGAAUCCAGUACUUGAACCACAUCACACGCACCACACAGUGGGAGAGGCCAACCAGACCAGCGUCCGAGUACUCCAGCCCGGGCCGGCCACUCAGCUGCAUUGUUGAUGAAAACACGCCCAUCAGCACCAAUGGGGCCACACCCACCACGGCGUUGCCAGCUAGCGACGGCGACCAGCGUGCCCACGAGAGACGGGUCCGCUCCCAGAGGCACCGCAACUACAUGAGCAGAACUCACCUGCACACGCCUCCAGACCUUCCUGAGGGAUAUGAGCAGCGGACCACGCAGCAGGGCCAAGUGUACUUUCUCCACACUCAGACUGGUGUUAGCACGUGGCAUGACCCCAGAGUACCCAGAGAUCUGAGUAAUGUGAACUGUGAAGAAUUAGGCCCUCUACCCCCUGGAUGGGAGAUCCGAAACACUGCCACCGGGAGAGUUUACUUUGUCGAUCACAACAACCGGACGACACAGUUCACAGAUCCACGCCUCUCUGCCAACCUGCAUCUAGUCCUUAAUCCAAGCCCAAAUGGUUCUCGAGGAGGCAUCGAAACUCAGAAUGUCAGUCGUCAGAACCAGUUGAAGGAUCAGGUCCAGCAGGCUCUGGUGUCCCCCGGUCAGCUCCCAGAGGAGGCAGAGUGCCUCACCGUGCCCAAGUACAAGAGAGACCUUGUUCAGAAGCUCAAGAUCCUCCGCCAGGAGCUGUCCCAGCAGCAGCCUCAGGCUGGCCACUGCCGCAUUGAGGUGUCCCGGGAGGAGAUAUUUGAGGAAUCAUAUCGGCAGGUGAUGAAGAUGAGGCCAAAGGACCUGUGGAAAAGGCUCAUGGUGAAGUUUAGAGGAGAAGAGGGCCUCGACUAUGGAGGAGUGGCAAGGGAGUGGCUCUACCUGUUGUCACACGAGAUGCUGAACCCAUACUAUGGGCUGUUCCAGUACUCCCGUGAUGAUAUCUACACAUUGCAGAUUAACCCGGACUCUGCUGUCAACCCUGAGCAUUUGUCCUACUUCCAUUUUGUGGGCCGAAUCAUGGGGAUGGCAGUGUUUCAUGGCCACUACAUCGACGGAGGCUUCACCUUACCCUUCUACAAACAGCUCUUGGGUAAACCCAUAACCCUGGACGACAUGGAGUCUGUGGACCCCGACCUACACAACAGCCUUGUCUGGAUUCUGGACAACGACAUCACAGGUGUGCUGGACCACACCUUCUGUGUUGAACACAAUGCUUAUGGGGAGAUCAUCCAGCACGAACUCAAGCCGAACGGUAAAAGCAUCCCCGUCACCCAGGACACCAAGAAAGAAUACGUGCGGCUUUACGUCAACUGGCGCUUUCUGCGAGGAAUCGAGGCCCAGUUCCUGGCUCUGCAGAAGGGCUUCAAUGAGGUCAUCCCUCAACACCUGCUCAAGGCUUUUGAUGAGAAAGAACUAGAGCUGAUUGUGUGUGGCCUGGGUAAGAUCGACAUCAAUGACUGGAAGUCCAACACACGGCUUAAACACUGCACUCCAGACAGCAACAUUGUCAAGUGGUUCUGGAAAGCUGUGGAGUCUUUCGAUGAGGAGCGCAGAGCCCGGCUGCUGCAGUUCGUUACAGGCUCCUCCAGGGUCCCACUGCAAGGCUUCAAGGCCCUGCAAGGUGCUGCUGGUCCACGGCUCUUUACCAUCCACCAGAUUGAUGCCAGCACCAACAACCUGCCCAAAGCCCACACCUGUUUCAAUCGGAUCGACAUUCCUCCGUACGAACACUACGACAAACUGUAUGACAAGUUGCUCACUGCCAUCGAGGAGACGUGUGGUUUUGCCGUGGAGUGAGUUUCACAGACACAGGCAGAGCGCAACAUCAUUCAGAAGCAACAUGGUCCGGCUGUGAUCACCCCCCUUUUUCCUGCCUCCAAACAUAAGAUAAACCCACUCAGAUGGGGGGGAGGAUCAUCCAAGGUUGCUUCACCCAGGGAUGCCCACACAUCCUGGGUACAUGUGGCCAAGUCAAGAGAGGGUGUGCAGAGAAGACCAGAAAAUGUCAUCUGACGCUGAUAUAUAUAUUUUUUUUACCCUCCAGCUCUCCUUUGCAUUUUUUUUUUAUCAUUGAAAAGGAUCUCUUCAGCUGCUAAUAACUCAGACUAUUUACUAACUUGUGGAACCUGCAGAAUUUGCUGGCUCUUCCUUUUUUUCUAAGAUUCAUUUUAGCAUUUAAAUAAAUAAACCGUACUCCAUGUAGCAAAGCUCCAUCUUAACAAGAAGACAAGGUCAGUUCACUCUGAAACAAUAGCCGCAUUAACAAGGAAAAUGGUUUGUUUGCAGGGUUAUUAACGGUUACUACAACCCGCUCGGAAACACUACAUUUGGAUGCAUGACUCUGGCUCCGCGGUACCUUGGAGUGAGUACGCUGGGGCUAUCGGUAACGCCAAGGCUGGAAAACGGGCAUGUGUGCGGGCAUGAAGACGAGACUGAAUUGAACCAGAGGCCGACUGUUUACAACCCUCUCCAAAGACAGCAGACGGGAUCUCUGCUCCUGAGUCACCGCCCAACAACCAGCACUGCAUUCCCACAAACCUAUUUCACACAUUUAACAAACUAGUUUUGUUUGAAAAAGGAAUAAAUAGCUUGAAAUGUGUUAUUUUUAUAUAACAGGGAAAGUUGAAAAGGAAACAAUAAAAUUCUAUAUAAUAUAUAUAAUUUAUUGCUGUUAUAUUUCAGAAACCCCUUUCAUUUGUUUCAGGCAAAAUAAAAUAAAAAUCUUUUAAAUGUUAAGUGUUGCUGUUUAAAUUAUAGAAUACAAUUUGUGAAAACAGAAUUAAACUUGACUGAAAGGAUGCUGCGGUCCACGUCUUGAUGCAACUUCUCUCAUCUUAUACGCGGAGAUGUGUCUUAAGGGCAAAAAACUCUGAAAUACAAUGUCCUCUGAGUGCCAUAAUCAUUAAUGAAUGAAUGAAUCUGUGCAAAUAUUGAGCAGACCCUUUAAAUUCUACUGAUCUCAUCCUGGAGCUGCAUGUAGUGGUGUCAUGUUUUGGCUUACUUGCCUUUUUUUUUUUCUUUUUUUUUUUUAACGGGUCAUCAUUUGUAGCUGGUCUGAACUAUUGUAACUAUUGUGUAAUCUGCCAUUUAUUUCUAAUGGUAUUCUGUCCAGAUCAAAAAAAAAUCUGUCAUCUAUUUUAUGCUGCUUCCAUACUGUUGAAAAAAAGAAAAAAAACACCUCUACUACCUUCUACCCAUGUGGUGCUAAACAACAUUAAUGUUUGUUCUAAUGUAUAAGAUUGGCGACCUUCCUCACUAACAUACUACUGCUUCACAUAACACUCUGCUCAUGCUCAAACCUGCAUGUGGCCAUCAAACAUGUACAAGAGCUGUGUUUAGCCACAUUCUCAGGAGACGUAGUUUGUAAUGUCAUCUAAUUACUCAGCUGACAAACUAAUUCUGACCAUUUGUUUCAAUUUCCUGAAUGUUUCUGUUACAUCACUGGCCAGAUUUGUCAUUUGCGUUGCCCACAGCAGACCAUGAACAUAGUAAUUUUUUGCAUGUCUUCAUAUGAGCUUUUGGUUGAAAGACCUGAAUGAGAUGAACUCAUCUUUUUGCCUGCGAUACAGUCCUGUCGGUAAUGUGUUUUUUUUUUUUUUUUUGUUUUUUAAAGAGAAAGGGGGAUCGUUUUCUACAAUUUAAAAUGAAAUUCUUGAAUGUUUAUAAAAGAUGCUGCCUGUUUAGCAAUCUCAAUGACCGUGGACUGUUCUUAAAGUUUGCAUACACUUAAAAAAAAAAAGAACUGUUAAUUUUCAUUCUUUUAUGUAGACAAGUGUAUGCACAGUGAAAAGUGUCCUCAGAUGGUGCUUUGUACAGUAAUAAGAUAUUGUUCAUAUACAGUAUGUGGAUCAACAACCUGUAAUUUAUCUUUAACUUAAGUAGAAAAAGAUUUUUUUUUUUUAAUUAAAAAAAAAGGAGGAAUUGCACACAAAAAGAUUGAGGUCGCCAUAUGUAUUUAAUGGUGACUUCUAUACCAGAUAUUCACUCACCUCUUCUUUCACGUCCAGUGCACAAGCUGAUUGCCCUACUGUCUGUUCCCACACUACAUCGCUCAGCAAUGCCCCGUAGCUGCCUCUCACUGAAGAACUCAACUCUUUUGUUUUGUUUUUGUUUUCUUCUUUUGAACAAGUUGAGAGAUGACACUUUUUUCUUUUUUUUUUUAAACAGCAUGAUCCACAAGCAGGACUAUAUCUCUCAUAGCUGACUGAUGCAAUUUGAUGUAUGUUAACACUAUCAUUUUGUAAGAGUAUUUUAUUUUUGUGUGUAAUUAGUUCUAAUUAAACUUGCCUUUGUCUAACAAUGUAA